CAAUAAUUAUAACGAUGCAGAGCAACUUAUUUAUUUAGUUAUUAUUUUAUUAUUUAUUUAUUUAUUUCCAUCGUAGAGUGGAAUCCAGCUGUAAAACCCAAAUACGCGAUGGUUGAUUACGACACUUCAGAAAUCUUGAGUUUGCAAGAUGUUUUUCCAGAUAUAGAAGUUUUCUUUUCACCAAAAAAGCGUCGACAUACCACAUCUAAAUCAACAUCCCAAUAUGAACCAUUACCGAAACAAAAAAAAUUAAAACAUCCAUAUACUGGUAGAGUCGGUAGCACUGCGGAAAUGAUGAGACAGUAUUACAGGGCACGCAUUUCCCUGACAGAAAUUGAACAGUCAAAAGCAAACGAUCCGAGAAAGAGAAAAGAAGAAUCUUUUCCACCAACUUCGUCAGAACUUACUGUCGCUGAAGAGGUGGAAGUUGUAACUACAGAGAGAACUCACGAUCUUGCUGAUACCGUACAUGAUGACACUCUCGAUCAAGGUGGUGACGACAAUGAAGUUUCCAUCAUUGAUGAAAUCCUCCAUCCAGACUUACCACCAAGACCAUACAAUGGUGUGUUAGACGAUACGAUGCGCAAGGAAGUCAUGAAUGGAGAACGGCUGACACAUGCAACAAUAAAUUUUGCUCAGAGUAUUUUGAAGAAGCAGAGUGGUGUAGAUGGAUUCGAAGAUACGGGACUCAGUUACACCUGUCAUUCAAGAUUUCCGAAUCAAUUUGUACAGAUUUUUUUUAUAAAAGAGCGAAAUCAUUGGGUGACAGGAAAAAGAAAGUCGCAAGACGAAAUUUACUUGUACGAUUCGCUCAGUGUGUAUAACAAAGAGCUUGAACGAAACACGUUGAAAAAAAUCGCUAGAAUGAUGUAUUGCCACGAUGACGCCAUAAAGAUCACUAACGCGUCAGUACAACAACAAGAAAAUGAUAUUGAUUGCGGUCUAUUUGCCAUUGCGUUCGCUGUCGAAGAAUCCUUCGGUAGAAGUCCACAAUCGAUAUCUUUUGACACUAAACAGAUGAGACCACACCUACUAAAGUGUUUAGAAUCAGCAACCUUUACUUUUUCCCAAAAUCAACAAAGAGAAAACGUUUCUGUAGACCUUUUGCGAAGACACAUUCGAUUUACUGCAUAUGUAGAGAUAUUUUCUUUGAUAGAGAUGUUGAAGAAGAUAAAAAUUUGUUCAUGGCCAUGUGCGGUGAAUGCAAAGAAUGGUUUCAUCGUCGCUGUGCGAAAAUUCCAGCAAAAGUUUUUGCUAGCGACGAUGAGCAUAAAAAAUGGAGAUGCUUGGCAUGUUAGGACGGACAUUUCUUUUAGUUGUACCUAUAUUUUUUAGAUUUAGAGUUUUUCUUAUCAACAACAAACCAUGACACAACACACCUAAUUUCCUCCUUUUCCAUGAUAAAUAUUCCCGUACGGAGGAAACACAAGGGACCGUGAAGUCGAGGCGCGGGACUGGCGGCAAGACGAAUUUUGAAAAGUCGUCAAAAAAUAUCGACCAACUUUCACCGAUACAAACUAGCCACCACCGCCUACCCCUGCCUUGCUGAUUCCUCUUCCUGUUUCCUUGCCUGCCUUUGUCGUGCCCUUUCCUUGCUACCCCUGUCCUACCCCUGUCUUGCCUACCCCUGCCUUGCUGAUUCCUCUUCCUGUUUCCCUGCCUGCCUUUGCCGUGCCCUUUCCUUGCCGUGCUUAAUGCCUUUGCCUUGGCAACCUCUCCGCAACACUUUCUAUACUGGUGGCUGAUAGAAAAUAAAUAAAACGACAAAUUAAGGGCUCUAUGCGUUGCAUACAGCUCCUUUGCCUGAAUUAUUAUUUUGCUACACGAGAAUGUCUAUUAACGCUGGUUUCCGCAAACCCUGUCGCGCCGUCAAUAUAAUACACAACUUUCCGGUUUCGGAAAAUAAAAAAAAAUCAUAAUGGUAGAUUUUUAGAAGGUAAACACGAAAAACGGUGAAUUUUACAUAACUAUGAAAAUCUCAAAAAAAGAGGUAAACUUGUCAACAACUAUGUAAAACCUAUACAAAUAUCGACAAAGGAAAGAUUGAACUUGGAAUUUCAAUAAAAAAACACUAAGAAAUAUUAUUUUUGUGCGUUUUUGAAGGAAAAAUCUUGAUUGUAACCGCUAAAAAAAUUAUGUUUAUAUACAUGUGAUAUUUAUCCAUUUUUUUAUUUUCUCAAGCAUAUAAAUCUUAAUCAAUGCUGCUUUAGCCCAUAUAAUUUUUUUUG